CACUGACAAAAAAAACAUUCUCUUAAAAUAAAAAUUGCAUCUCCGCUAUCCUCCCAGUAGAGUUAUAUAUAGAUCUACUGUGAUGACUGAUGUCAGUUGCCCUUUCUGUGAUGGCCGACAGGUAGAGUGACUAUAUUAGGAGUCAGUCAAUUAGUUUUGCAGGAGGAAAGUUUAAAAUCUCAUACAAAGUCAUAAAACAUACUGGAGUUGUAUUCGUCAUGUGACAUUUUUGUCAACACACAUAUGAAACGGGCUUGGUUUCGCUAAAUAGAAUUUCAUUAAAACGUGCAAAACGUUUUCCGCCAAAAUAUGUCAAUACAUUUUUGUUUUGUUUAAUUUAUGACAAUUAGGCUGUAUUUAAAGUCUAUGUAAAGGCAAUUCAGAAAAUAGUUUUAAACACAUAAAUGUUAGAAAUGUACUGCUGAAAACACAUUACAAAGACUGUUAACUGAAUAGUAUUGAAUUGUGGAGUUACACCGUUAAACAUGUUAAAGUUUUUCUCCAUUUUUUGGGUGGGCCUGAAAUCAUGUCUUUAUGAUGUAAUGGAGCCACAGAGCACAGCCCCUCCCCUAACACUAUAAUAACUAGAGCGCAUUAGCAUCAGUGGUUCACCCCCUCACUUGCAAGUUACUGUCAUUAUUAUUAGUUAUAACAGGUACAGUUUGCUAGCUAGAUAUGCUUUCAUCAAGUAAAUGCACAUUACGUGGUUUACAAAACAGCUCAGUCAUCCAUUCAGGUUGCAGUGGUAUUAGAGGGGCGGCAGCUUUUCCGCGAGUGGGCGUGGUUUCAGCGUUGACAGCGGACAAGCCCCCUGAGUUUGAUUUUUGUUUUUUUGUUGUUGUUUUUUUUUUUUUUGUUUUUUUUGUUUGUUUGUUUGUUUUCCCCAAGAUUUUGGUAAUUUAUUUUAUUUACUUGGCGUUUUUUUAUCAUUCAGAUUUGUUUGGGUGGUUUACUUUGUUUUAAUAAACUAAAUCCUAGUCGAAACUAGGUGAAUAAUCACCUUAUUAAUAAAACAUCUUAUGUAAUCUUGUUGCUCACAAUGUUCAUAUGGUGUCUUGGACAUGUAUUACGAAAACGUCCUCUCUACAUUCUUGAGAAUUUUUGCUCAUUUAAUUUAAUUUUUAAGUAAAAUUAUCAUAGUUACAAAACAGGAUAUGAUUCGGGGUUAGAACGUUUCUGCCACACCCCUGAUCCUUUUAAACGAACUGAUUCGCGGGAAAUACUUCCCUUCAGGAAUUGUCAUUUCGCGCGGAAAAACAAAUGAACCGAAUCGUUAUUGCUUACAUCCCUAGCACCAGCAAACCGAUUGAUAUUUAGUACUCUCCGAUGGAUCCCGAUAAAAGUACCGAGAAUGCCGUGGAGGACAGUACAGCCAGUCCUGGUGAAGAUCUUUAUAUCUGUGACCAGGACAGUGUGGCCAGCAGUGUGGACAGUAUAGCAGAGGAAAUUUUUUUGAAUGGUCUUGACCCUGUUCUAGAUCGUAGGCCUUCACUUGACAUUUACACACCAGAAGAGGACUGCGAUUCAGAGGCCAACCUACAGCAGAGAAAGAGAUGCCGUCUGUCAUCUGCCUUUAGCAGGGAGAAUGAAAACGAUGGCGUAUCAACAGAAAGGUGGCGUAGCUCAGAUGAAACAGACGUUGAACCACUUCAGCUAGAGUUCACACCUGUUCAAGUACCUGGUCCAAAGGUUUUACAGAACACAUGUAGCAGUCCUCUGCAUUUUUUUCAGCUGUUGUUUCCAAAAAUAAUGAUGCAGUCUAUUGUAGGACACACAAAUGUCUAUGGGACCAAGUGCAAAGAUGUGAUUGAGCGUUGGCGCUACAUUUCUCUAAAAGACUUAAAGUCGUACAUAGGACUUGUAAUUUACACAGGUCUUUUGAAGUGCUCUUUACUGACAGAAUACUGGAGGGAGUCCCGGUACUUCAGUCCAUCCUUUCCUGCACAAGUCAUGUCUUAUCAAAAAUUUAUGACAAUUGGCAAUACUCUUCAUUUCAGCAAUACAAAGGAGGAUGAGCAAAAUCAUUCAAAAAAGGGAACAGCAGCCUAUGAACGGUUAGGUAAAAUUCUACCUCCGUAUCAGCUCAUUCGGAAGGCCUGCAAGACCUAUUUUCAUCCUUUUCAAAACCUCACCAUUGAUGAAAGAAUAGUGACACCACAGUGUAGAACUGGACUCAAAGCUAUGGAAAACAAAUCUUCAGAUAGAGGGUACAAACUCUUUGCACUGACAGACUGCUCCUGCGGCUAUACAUGGGACUUCUUUAUUCAUGAGGGGAAUUCAUGUGCGUCGCAGAACGAGGGCCUGAGCUAUGAGUCUGUUAUGGCGUUAGUGGAUGAAAAUCUGUUGGGUUCUGGGUACAAACUAUUUGUGGAUAAAUUUUACACCAGCCCCACACUCUUCAGGGACCUUCUAGGUAAAAGUAUCUAUGCUUGUGGUCCCGUUUUGCCAACCAGGAAAGGUUUCCCAAAAAUCUCAGUGAACAGAUUGUCAAAGAACGCUACACGAGGCACCAUGCGUUGGAUUAGGGAUGACGAUCUUCUGUUUGUCGAGUGGAAAGACUCACAGGAAGUGCAGAUGUGCUCCACCUUCCAUAAAGCCUAUGAAGGUGAUACUGUGCAGAGGAAGGUGAAGGGUGAUGCACACCGGACCCUUGUGGAGGUUCCCAUUCCAGCUGUGGUCUUGGACUACAACAGGAAUGUGGGAACAGUGGAACCAUCCAAUUUCAUCACUGGACAUUACAGACUUCUACAUAAACCAAAGAAGUGGUAUCAGUGUGUUUUUUAUCACCUUUUGGACAUCGCCGUAGAGAAUGCAUUCAUUUUGCAUGAACUGGUGGCUGAGACAAACAAACAAAAAGCUCUGACGCGGAAGGCAUUCCUUGAGAUGCUUGUUUUAGAGCUUACAGAAAUGGAUGCUGAGUCUGAAUCUGCACCAGUUUCCUUAGCGGCUCCUGUCUCGUCUUCCCUUUCCACUCCUGUCCCGGCUCUUUCUACCACUGUCUCAGCUCCUCCCACACCUCCAGAGUCAUCACUUCCUGAAGGAUCCCACAGACCCAAGCACUUUGUGCCGGACAGUACUGUCGGUAGGCGCAAGUGCAAACUCUGCCCAAUGAAAACUCCAGUCAUGUGUGUGACUUGCGAAGUGCCGUUGUGCUUUCUACCCAAGCGUGACUGUUUUAAUCAGUGGCAUGAAAGCAAGGUUUUUGAAUCAUGACGGUUUUAAAUUUGAAUGGAUGUUUGUAUCUCCUGACACUUAUUUGAAUAUUCAAAUAAAAGUUUCGUUCUAAAAUGGA